AUGGCUGCUGUUCUUCCGUCUGCUGCUCCCGAUGCUGCGGAGUUUACAACUUUUGGCUCACUAACUGCUCUUGUCCCCCGUGCUAUCGAGCCUCUUGGCCCCCAGUACCUCUCCCAUGCGCGCAGAGUUCUUCGUGGCCGUACCUGGUCUGAGGACGAGCGAAUCCAGUCCGAGCUCAAUGUGAAGAGCGUUGAGGACGUGGACGGAGAUGACGAGGAAGAGGAGGAGGAAGAUCCGGCUAUGCUGGCUCAUGAUCCCAAGGAGUGGAAGAGCCAAGAUCAUUAUGCUGUUCUCGGUUUGUCCAAGUACCGUUACAGAGCAACCGACGAGCAGAUCCGCCGUGCUCAUCGUAAGAAAGUGUUGAAGCACCAUCCUGAUAAGAGAGCUCAGGCUGGAAAUGCUGAGGACGAUGGAUUCUUCAAGUGCAUCCAGAAAGCGAUGGAAGUUUUGUCUGAUCCCGUUCGUCGUCGCCAGUACGACUCUGUUGAUGAGGCGGCGAACGUCGCUGCGCCUUCGAAGAAGUCGAAGGGCAACUUCUACAAGCUGUGGGGAGCUGCGUUCGAGGCGGAGGGCCGAUUCUCGAAGAAGCAGCCGGUGCCAACGAUUGGUGAUGAGAACUCGACAAAGCCUGAGGUUGACCACUUUUACAACUUUUUCUACAACUUUGAUUCGUGGCGUACGUUUGAGUACCUGGACGAGGACGUUCCGGACGACUCUGACAACCGUGACCACAAGCGUCAUAUCGAGCGCAAGAACAAGGCUGCGCGCCAGAAGCACAAGACUGAGGAUACCGCGAGACUGCGGAAGAUGGUUGAUGACUGCUUGAGCAUCGAUCCUCGUAUCAAGAUGUUCAAGGAGGCUGAGAAGAAGGCCAAGGAGCAACGCAAGUGGGAGCGGGAGGCGGACGCGCGCAAGGCUGCCGAGGAGGCGAAGAAGGCGAAGGAGGAAGCCGAGAAGGCGGCUAAGGAGGCGGAAGAAAAGGCCAAGGAGGAUCGUGAGCAGGCAAAGAAGGCGAAGGAGUCUGCGAAGAACGCAAAGAAGAAAAACCGUCGUGUGGUGAAGGGAGCGGUCAAGGACGCAAACUACUUUGUCGAGGGCACCGCGAGCGGUGCUGCUAUUGACGCUGCGCUGAGCGACUGUGACGCGAUUCUUGAGAAGAUCGACGACAGCGCGCUGGCUGAGUUUGUGAAGAAGUUGACUGGGCUCAGCGAUGCUGGCGCGAUCAAGGCCGUGUUUGGCGAGACGGCCGGCGCGCUCGGCGGCAGCUGGAAGGUUGUUGCAUGA